AUGUUCCAGGAUUUGUCAGACCAGAGAGACAUGGCCAAACAACCGGCCACCGGCUACAUCCCGGCGCAGCAGCCCGACGGAGCUGCGGGACUUACAACAAACAAACCGGACAACACUGCUGCGUGCGCGCCGCCGACCCCGCACCAUCACCAGGCGCCUCAGCCUCCGAACAACGAGAGCAAAACUUUUUGUCCCACGGAAAAUAAACCGGGAGACGCGGACAGCAAUAAAGCGUAUGGGACGUUUAAAAACACCCCGCCGGCCGUGCCCGGAUCCGUCAACUCGGCCUUCAGGGAGGAUUCCGCCGGUUCGGCCCGCGGGGGGUCCGCCCAGUGCGGCGACCCGCUGCGGGCCACCGCGGAGCAGAACAACACCGCGGGCACCUGGACGGCCAUGAGCCAGACCACCAUCAUCCUGGGGACAGAUGGGAACACGUCUGUUCAGCCCGGCGCCGUGGCGGGGGCUGUCGAUGGCGACGAGGAUGACGAUGAUGGUGGAGAUGAGAAUAAGGCCAGAGGAAACUGGACCAAUAAAAUGGAUUUUAUUCUGUCCAUGGUUGGCUAUGCGGUGGGACUGGGGAACGUGUGGAGGUUCCCUUACCUCGCCUUUCAAAACGGUGGAGGAGCUUUUCUCAUCCCCUACCUGACCAUGUUGGGCAUCGCCGGGAUCCCAAUCUUUUUACUGGAGGUGUCCCUGGGCCAGUUUGCCAGCCAGGGCCCCGUGUCCGUGUGGAAGUGCGUCCCGGCCCUACAAGGUUGCGGGAUUGCCAUGUUGAUAAUAUCUGUCUUGAUAGCCAUAUACUAUAAUAUUAUAAUGUGCUGGACACUGUACUACCUGUUCGCUUCGUUGAAGGGCUCACUGCCAUGGGCUCACUGUAGGAAUGAGUGGAACACGGUGGAUUGUAAGGACAAAGACAUGCUGCUGUUAGACUCGUGCAUCCUGCGGGACAGAAACAUGUCGUCCAUCAGGAACUCCUCCUUCUGUCUGUCCGCUAACACUGUGGGAAACCUGACCAAGCUGUUGAACAUGACAGUGGACGCUAACAAGACCGAUGUCAGCCCCAGUGAGGAGUACUUCAAGUACAAUGUGUUGCACAUCUCUAAAGGGAUUGAAUUCCCAGGAGACAUCCGCUGGCCUCUGGCAGCAUGUCUCUGCCUGGCCUGGCUCAUCGUCUACGCCUCUUUAGCCAAAGGAAUCAAGUCAUCAGGGAAGGUGGUUUAUUUCACCGCCACGUUUCCCUACGUGGUGCUGGUCAUCCUGCUCAUCAGAGGAGUGACCCUCCCCGGAGCAGGGGACGGCAUCCUGUACUUCAUCACCCCCAAGUGGGAGAAGCUGAUGGACGCCAAGGUGUGGAAAGACGCAGCCACUCAGAUCUUCUUCUCCCUGUCGGCUGCCUGGGGAGGCCUCAUCACUCUCUCCUCCUACAACAAGUUCCACAACAACUGCUACAGGGACACCAUCAUUGUGACGUGCACAAACAGUGCCACCAGUAUAUUUGCCGGGUUUGUCAUCUUCUCAGUCAUUGGUUUCAUGGCUCACGAGUUGAAGGUGCCGAUAGAGCAGGUGGCGGACGAAGGUCCAGGCAUAGCGUUCGUGGUGUAUCCAGAGGCUCUGACCCGACUUCCCCUGUCUCCGUUUUGGGCGAUCAUCUUCUUCCUCAUGCUGCUGACUCUUGGCCUUGACACUAUGUUUGCCACCAUCGAGACCAUCGUCACCUCGGUGUCGGACGAGUUCCCCAAAACCCUGAGGAAAAACAAACCUCUGUUCACCCUGAUCUGCUGCGCCUGCUUCUUCGUCCUGGGAUUCCCGAUGAUCAACGAGAGCGGGAUGUACAUGCUGCAGCUGGUGGACACGUUCGCUGCCUCCUACUCUCUGGUCAUCAUCGCCAUCUUCGAGCUGGUGGGGAUUUCCUACCUCUAUGGUCUGCAGAGGUUCUGCGAGGACAUCGAAAUGAUGAUUGGUUUCCAGCCAAACCGAUUCUGGAGAAUCUGCUGGGCCUUCGUGACUCCGACCAUUCUGACGGGCAUCCUGUUCCUGAGUCUGUACCAGUGGAAGGUGAUGACGUAUGAGGAGUACACCUACCCCACCUGGUCCAUGGUGAUGGGCUGGCUCAUGGUGAUCUGCUCUGUCAUCUGGAUCCCCAUCAUGUUCUUCAUCAAGAUGUACCUCGCCCCCGGCUCCUUCCGCGAGCGCCUGAAGCUGGUCUGCUCCCCUCAGCCGGACUGGGGUCCCUUCCUGAUGAAGCACCGUGGAGAACGUUACAAGAACAUGACCGACCCUCUGGGAACCAACUCCCUGGGCCUCAAGCUGCCCCCGAAGGACUUCCAGCUCAGCUCCUACCAGUAGCAGCCGCUCCGCCGGCACCACAACCCACCACUUCCAACUCCUCCUCCUUCUCCCUCUUCCUCUCUCUCUCUUUUCCCCAUCCGUACAUCACCCUCUGCUUCCUGUCCUCCUCCCUCAGACGUGGCAGUGCAGACAGGCUCCUUUGUCCUCCUCUUCCUCUUCUCCUUCGUCACUGUCUCUCUUGGUUCAGAGACGAGUGGCGGCCCGGGUGGAGUCUGCUCCUCCGCUGCUGCUUCCUACUCGACAAAUGGGCGAUCAUCGCCUCCCACACAUGACCACUGAUUACUCCGGAGCCCGUCCCAGGGAUCUUUAUUCCAAGAGAAAAAUCGUGUCAUAAAAAGGCACAGCUCAGACUGCACUUGCAAUAUUAGACUCACCAUAGCUGCUCCCUAUGGAGAUGUGUGUGUGUGUGUGUGUGUGUGUUUGUGUGUGUGUGUGUGUGAGUGCCAAAACAUUUGUGUGUAGAGAUAAUGAAUCAUCUCGCUGAAAGCAAACGCAGGAAAAGCAAAAAAAGAGAAUUGAGGGAGAGAGAGAGAAGCGGUCGAGCGAGCUUGGCUUGGGAUCUGUAUUUUCUUCCGUCUGUGUACAAAGCUCCAUCACCAACACAAAUAAUAUCAACUGCCUUGGAAAUAAUAAAAAAACAAACAGAACAAAAACAAAGCUAAAAAUAAAAACCCAGCGUGCACCACAUUUAGUUUGCAUCCCUCUCUCUUUCUCUACUUAGUGACUCCUGCUGUAUUAUCCUCGAAUAUAACGACUAAAUGUAGAAUAGCUUUCCUUUAGUAGACCAGUGUGGCCAUUUAACCUCUUCAGUUAUAUAUAUAUGUAAAAAUUCAUCUAUAUAUAAUAUAUAUAUAAUAUAUAUACACAGAAUAUAUGAUAGCAUAUGUAUUGCUUCCAGCAGCAGAGGAGAGAGCUAGCCAGAUAGAUCCUGCGUGUGUGUGUGUAUGUGUGUGUGUGUGUGUGUGUGUGUGUGUGCUUUACGUCUCUCUAACCCCCACGUGUCUCUUGCUUGCUGUGUUGAUAUCUCGUGCACCUCUCAGAUACAAGCUCUCCUCCAGUAGUCAUAGUGUGUGUGUGUGUUGUUGCCUUCUCACGAUGUGCUGCGUGUGAGUAGAAGACGAUUAGACUUAGAGAGCGGCCGGCUCCUUCCCCCGGAAGUGGACCUGGUCUCUUGUUGUUUGUGGUAGAGCUGCGGAGACCUCUCUUUGCCAUUUCAGACUUUUCGCCUCUCUCUGCUUCUCUGUGUGUGUCCUCGUGAGAAAAAAAAAAUCGAAAGAAAAAAGAAAAACAGGGUCUCAGGUAUAUUUGAUUCCAGUCCGACUACUCCGGUGGUUGUGGGGAAUAAUAAAGCAUUCAGUGCAUAGGAAACAGAGAGUCUAGAGCCAUCCUAACCCUGAACGUAUAUAAGGGCGAGUAGUGUGUUUGUGAAAAGAUCAGAAUCAAAGCGCUGCUUCCUGAUCAGCUCAGUGCUGUUUGCUUACUGUGGCUUCAAUGCACCUUGUAGUUAUUACACAGGGCGAGCGAGUGACAGACUGUGUGCAGCGCUAAGUCGAGUAACUUGCUUUCCAAUAUGCUUAUUACAUUACUAGAACCGGAACAACUGUUCAUUUAAACAAUUUGAAUAUAGAACGCCUGGAAAUUUAAAGGUUUAAUUGCAUAUAUGCAGACAUGUAAAGGCUUUACAUCAAAUCUUCCGGUCCCCCCCCCCCCCCCCUGACUUGACCAUUGUCUCUCUCUUACUGGUUUGUGCUGGGUUCUAAGAGCCGGGGAGAUCGAUAGAACACAUUUCCCUUUAAGUCGAGCUGUUGAGGUGUGGGUGUUAGGCAGCGUCCAGAUGUGACACCACAGUAGCCUGAAGGAACAGUCUGGUGCAGCCUCUUUACGUGCUACAUGUCGGGGGUCCAGCUUGAGACACAUCUCCAUGUUGACUAAAAGCUCUGAUUGGCUUUACUAUGCUUUUAACACUGCAGGUUUUUAAAUGUUGUCAUGGAGGCUGCAGGUCUGGAUGCAAUAACGUUUAAGUUGAAGGGUCUCUAAGCCGUGUCCUCUCAUAAUCUAGACAUGAGUCGUAGCAUGGAUGUGAUUUUAGACGUCGUAGAGUUUCGGAAAGAAAACAUAAUCAAUUAAUGAGCACAAACGCCCUGUUAGUAAAUAUCCUGCUUGCUCCACAGUGUCGCUUUCGUUCAGUCUUUAGCGCAUUUAGCUCUAUUCGCUCCAAUAUGAUAAUACUGUGUGUCUGUUUGUGUGUGAGUGUGUGAGUGUGUGAGUGUGUGUGUGUGUGCGAGCGCGUCGUCUCCGUCUUAGUUUUACUGAACUCCACGUAUUCUGUCAAUCGGAUGUUUGCAUGGCCAGUCCCAGAGAAGAUUGUGUGAAAGAAGCAGAGGACAUUUACAGGAGUUGGUCUCCCCCCCCCCCCCCCCCCCCCCGAUGCUCCUCUCUGUGUUUUCACGUGGACACGAGGACCAAUGUCCGACACUUGUGAGCUUGAGACCAAUAAAAACACAACUUUUAAACACUGGUGAGCUCCGAAAAAGAUUCAAAUCCCACUGGGACGCUGUGGAACCUCAACUCUUUGUAGGACUUGAAUGAUAAAACCUCAUCUAAGUAUUUUCUUAAAGAUGUUUCCAUUUCUACUGGGCUUCUCUGCUUUUUGCUUUGAGGGGGGAAAAAAAAGAAAUAGGGUUCAGUUAAACAAACUUCAUAGAAUAUAACACUGACAAGCUUGCAUGUGCAGUUUGUGUUGCUGUAAACUCAAUGUCCAUGUAUAGUAAAUCCUUGUCCUUUCUCUCUCGGUAGUGUAAGUCCAUGCAUGUUUGCUUAAGGAGCUUUUCGUUCGUCACAAAGUUAAUAAAACCCGAGCGUCGCUGUCGUCCUCCUCCUCCUCGUCACAGGAAAAAGGAGGAAGACGAGAAAAUAAUAAAAAAUAAUAAAGAAGUAACUGUCAAUUCGCUUUUUGCCUGCAAGUCAACUCUGGGCAGUAUAGGUAACCAAAGAGAGUCUACUUUAAACUAGGAGGGUUUUAGUGAAAAACAGAAAAAAGAAACUUGACAAGAAAAAAAAGGAAUGUGUGAUCUUCGUCUAGGAGGUUGAGAUACUGCCAUGUCCACGUCCCACGUAGUGUUCCUCGAUGUUCGCCAAUACGUUACAACACAUCUUCAGGUAACCAUUGGCCUUAUAGAUGUCCUCUGGUGGUAGAGUAUUGUAUGUAUUUCAAGAAUAACACCACAGAAUAGCUAAUCGUCUGUCUCAUAUAGUCCCAGUAUUCCUAUGGUUCUGUCUGUGGUGUCUUUUUUGGCACUUUACCGUGUGACCUAUGAAUGCAUAGGUUAAAUUUCUAAUUACUUGAGUAAUGUCAUAUAUUUCCGUGUGUUCUAUGUGAGGUACUGCUGCCUAUGGAUAUAGAUAUGUGCCUCUGACCGCCCCCAUGCCAUCCCUUUGAUUUGGAAAUAGAGAGUAGAUACUGUAUAUAACAAAUAUGUUUUAAAAAUACGUGUAAGAUUGAAAAAAAUAACAAGAUAUAUAUAUAUAUAUAUCAUAUAUGUGAAAUGCAUUUAUUUUCAAUGUCAUCAAUCUUUGAGGCCCUACCUCAGAUUUUGUAUUCAUGUAUAGAAAUGCAAUUGGAUUAUAGUAUCUUUGCCAAUAAUAAUAUAUCGCUAUUAUAUCAUGAAAUGUAUAACCUAUGAAUCAAUAAAUAAAUGUUAUUGUUUU